GGAAGUAAACACCUGAAGCGUGUCGUUGUACACAGGGAUGUUUAUGUAAUACAGUAACUUAAGUCCUGAACGACAACUUUACGUGUUUUAAUGUUUUAGGCUGAAACAUGCCGACCUCCCCCGUGAAGACGCGCAUUCCGCUGACAAGCUUUGGUCAUCUCAUAACCGAGGUCAAGAGACAGCUCUUUAAGAAUGAUGCGACACCCCCAACUGAACUGACAGGAUGGAGAACAUAUUUCAACAGCUACACAUUAAAAGGACGCAGAAAUUUUGUUCUAGCCACAUAUAGCGUUCUUGCACUCGCAGCUGGUGUCUACACGCUGAGGCGACACAAGAAGGAGGAACAUGAAACAACAUCUGCAGCCACAUGAACAACAAUGGAAAGUUUGGGGUUUUGGGGGGGUUAAAAACUACAAUAAAUUAUUUAUGAUUGCCAAAUGAGGGAACCAUGAGUAAUGUUUUGUCACUGGUAACAGUUUCAUUUCUUUAUCAUACACACUAAUUUAAUCUUUCUUAUUUGAGUGUCGUAAUCUCUGCCGUUUUCAAUGUUUUCGCGAUUUGCCAGCAGAGUGCAGUGUAAGCUUGUAAAGUGCUGGUUUUAGAGGCGCUUUCCUUUGUAAUUUCUGAUAAAGACAAACUGGAUUUUUGUUUUACAGCUGUUGCUUGUAGAUAAGUGAAACUGCUGAUGCAGAGGGGUAUAGAUAGACUAAAUGAAAAACUUCUAUCAUGUGCGAUGGUGUAUUUUUGUUUCAUACCUAGACUUAAACACACCUUUUUCCUUUUUGAUAAAGUGUUCUGUAAAGUUUAGGAUUUAGAAAUAGCAUCGCUGACGUAAUAUUAAUUUCUCAUUUUUUGUUUCAGAAUGAUUAAUUGUUUGAAUCUUGAUUUAGAGUCAUUCUGAAAGUGAAGUGUCCUUCAAGUUCCAUUGCAUUUUAUAGUUAUCAUUUAUGAUUCAGCGUGUGAUUAAAAACUUCCUCGAUA